UCAACACCAAACCCCACUAGAAACUAAUGAUACUCCCUCUUGGAUUAUUCAUCUUGAUCAAGAAAAUAUUCUUGAACCUAGGAAUUCUAAUGAUGAAGAACCAGACUCAGACCACAAAUUAAAUAUUGAUCUAACUGACCUU